AUGUCCGUCAACGGCGCUUCGCCCUCACCAUUUGUGACUCUUGUGUCUGCGGACGGCUUUGAAUUCCAUAUCCGUCGCUCUGCUGCAUGCGUGUCUGCGACAAUCCGUCGAAUGUUAGAUCCGCAGAGCAACUUCAGUGAGGCCCAGACAGGCAUUUGUCGUCUUGAGAACAUAAAUGGCGUCGUCCUCGAAAAGGUCGUCGAAUAUUUCUACUACAAUGAGAAACACCGCAACAGUAUUGGUGUACCCGAUAUGGACAUUCCUACCGAACUUUGCCUGGAACUCCUCAGCGCCGGCGACUAUUUGAUCGCGUAG